GAUCACCUGUCUUCAUGGUAAACAAACAACAACAACAACACAAAGUGAAAAUAUUUUCAUAUUAUUUGUUUUAAGACGAGUGGCGAUAUCUUUGGUGACAACAAGGACAUAAGUGGUACACUACCAGCCAGGAUGUCUGACCUCCAGGGUCGACCAGAAGAUGUGAUAGAACUGUGGACACGCAGUGGACCAUGCAAGAUUGAGUUACUCUCUGGAGAUUUAACGCGACUCUCUAGAGAUGACAUGGUGGAUAUCAUCAUUGUCUCUGCAUUUCCUGGUGACUAUGCAGCGAUGUCUGGUACUGUUAUUGGUGCACUAAAACGCAAUCUGGGCAUAAACGUAAUGCAACUGUCCCAGAACAAGGAACUGGAUCUGAGAGCUCUGUUCUCAUGUUGGCUGUCAAAACCCAUUGAGGCAGGUACAGCUCCAUACAAGAAACUUCUGUGCUUUGAAAGGAGGAUGGGUGCACCAUUGCCUGUUCCAGCACAGAUAAGUGAAAUGUUCCGAGUGUUUGUGCCGGUGUUCAAUAACCAAGACCAUACUGUAAUAACACCGCUCCUUGCUACUGGACAUCAGGGAUAUGAUAAAACAAUGGUGUGUGGAACAAUGGUAGAGGCAGCUGUAAAGUGGAUUAAUGCUGGUCUGCCACUCAGAAAAUUUAAAAUUGUCAUUUAUGAGGGAAUAAGUAAAGAUGUAGAAACAAUGUUUACUGCUCUCAAAAAGAAAUACAUGGCAAAGAACGAAAAAAUGAAGAGCAGGAUAUUUACCAAACAGUUUGACGUGUUUGUCAUGUUCAAUCCAAAAGACCAAGUGUACAUGCAGAAAGUGAAACAGAAUCUCGAGGAGAAAAAGACUGACAUUAAGUUAUAUGUUAACAACACACAUUUCAACAAAAAUAAAGUCUGGCAGGACGGUAUAUUUAAAAUAAUGGUAGCUUGUAAAAGAGUAGUAGCUAUCUUAUCCCCAGCAUUUAUGGAGAGUUCUGAGUGUUUAGAGCAGUACAAUAUGGCAAUGUGUUGUAAUAGGCUUCUAGGUAUAGACGUACUUGCUCCUCUCUAUGUGGACACAAUUAACAGUCUGCCAUCAUACAUGGGACUUGUACAGUGGAUAGAUUGCAGAGUGCGGAAAGAAAGUGACACAACAGAUGGUAAGAUACAGUCUGCAUGUGGUAACAUCAUCCUGGCUAUUGAACAACAUGGUGACAACAAAACACCAAUGCCACCUUCUGCUGACACAAAUAAUGAACAGCAAAAUGACAAGUUUGAGUUUGAUGUGUUUAUUUCAUACUCUCACAAGAACCCUGUCCAUGCGGAGACAUUGUUAGAGACUUUCAACAAGAUCGAUCCAGACUUGAAAGUGUUUUAUGAUAGAAGUGCUUUGACAACAGGUACAAAUUGGCAAAACAUGUUGUAUCAAAGUGUUGGUGAAUGUAGAUGUUUUAUUGCCUUACUGUCAUCUACGUAUCUGUCUUCAACUGUAUGUAUGGAGGAAUUCAACCUAGCUUUAGCCAGAUACUUGUGCAAGGACAAAGAUCUGAUGUUGAUACCAGUGUGUAUUGAAGAGCUUAAAAAUGUCCCAUCACAUAUAUCAACAGUACAGAUGACAGAAGCAUUUACAGACUUCAAUCAGUCAGCCUCACAGCUUGCUACAUCUGUAGUGGAAUGGCUCAAACUCACAUCUGAAAAAAGACCUUCAAUGUAUACAGUACAGGAUGCUGUAGAUAUAGGAAGUAUAAUAUCUGCACAGCGAUCUGAAGAUGUUAGGCAACAAUACAGACUGGUAACCAACAAGGAGGAGAAACGCUUUGAAAGGAUCAAACCAGUCGUUAUACCUUCAGAGGACAUUGAUGAAAUACGUUCCAAUUUAAAAAGGUGUACAUCACAUGCGGUCAGGAAAGUUUGCUUUCCCUUCACUGCAAGAAAAAUUGUAAUAUUUGUUUCACAAGAUUUUCUUAGAAAUGAAAAUCACAUGCAGGAAUUGCACCUUGCACUGAACAGACAAAGACCUCUAAUGGAAAACGUUCUCUACCUCAUUCUGACAACACCUCUGACUGGACGGCCUUUCUUUCCAAGGAUAUUGCCAUACAAUGUUUCAUGCACUGAUACUAUAUGGAAAGAGUUGGAAAAAGAUUUCAUCGGAAAGACUCAUGACCAUGACGUAACAAAAGUGGCGGUGUUUGGGAAAAGACGAAUUCUCGAGCAUGCGACAACAUUCUUCUGCAGGCGUGCUGAAUAUUUUGCAAUGACAAAAGCUGUGGAUGAUGUUCUGGAAUCCUUUCUGAAACAGAGGGAUGAGAAGCAGAAGCUGGGUCCUAUGUUGCUGAAUGUGAAAGCAAUAGAAAAUAUGUCUGAUUCAGCAAUAGAAUCAAGUAUGAGGGUUACAACUGGCCAUACCUCAAAGUCAGAGUCAGAAGUGAAAGUUGAAAAUAACAAACAAUCUGAGAACAACACAGCUGGCAAUGUCAGGAAUGAGCCAAGUACAAAAACUAAUCCUAGUGAGAAAGGUGAAAAGGAACAUUCAUCUGUGAACAACUUGACUAAUAAUACUGACAAUGAUGUGAAAUCAAAGGAAAAUAAAUUUGAGUUAAAGAGAGACCAAAUUUCACCUUCUCCAACUGGACUGAAAUCAACUGAAAAAGUGGACAAAUCUGCUGAGAAUGGAGGCAGUAGACCCAGCAAAGGCACAAGCAAAUCAUGCAUCUUGUUAUGAGACCAUGUGAUUAUGUUGUUUCUUAUUCAAUCAAAUUUAAGUUAUUCUCUUAUUAUUUUACACUGUUGAUCAUACAUAAUUAUGUUAUUAUAACAUGCCUUCAUAUGUAGGAAUUUCUUUUUAAGCGUCCUGCAAAUGGUAGUCUUAGGACAUGAUCGCUCAUAAUUGAUUAUUCUUUGUCCUUGCAUAUAAAAAUUGCAGCGUCUGUUCAUUCCUUUGUCCCGAAUUCAUGUCUAGUCUGAAACUUUGUCAUCUAUCAAGGGAUAUUACUUAGCACAAACGUUUCCCAUAAUGAGACGAUGUGUCAUGUGCAGACACGGACCCCUAGCUCAAAGGUCAAGGUCACCCUUGGAGGUCAAAGGUCAACAGGACUUUUUUUUCCUGUCCAGUCUGUAACUCAACCAUCUAUGUAGGGAUUUCAACAUUACUGGGCACAAAUGUUCCCCACAAUGAGACGAUAUGUCUUGCGCAAAACCCAGCACUGUAGCUCAAAGGUCAAGAUUAUACUUGGGUGACAAAGGUCAGUAGUGAUUUUUUUCUUGUCCGGUCCAUAACACCAUUCUUGAAGGGAUUUUUGUAUUACUUGGCACAAAUGUAUCCAAUAAUAAGAUGACAUGUUAUGCAAACACCCAUACCCCUAGCCCAAAGGUCAAGGUCACACUCGUAGAUCAAAGGAAAUAGGUUCUUUUCCUGUCUGGUCUAUAAGUAUGUCAUCAUUUAAGCAAUUUUAAUAUUACAUGGCUCAAAUGUACCCCAUAAUGAGGUGACAUGUCAUGCGCAAUACACAGAUCCCUUGCACAAACGUCAAGGUCACACUUGGAGGUCAAACAUCAGUAGUGUUUUUUACAUGUCCUUCAAAUAAAUAAUAAUGAGAGGUUGUGUCAUGCACAACAUCCAGAUCCCUAACUCAAAGGUGGAGGUCGUUAUUGAAGGUCAGAGUUCAAUAGGGUUUUUUCCUUCCUGGUCCAUAACUCUGCGUACCAUUGAUGGGAUUUUAAUGUUUUCCAGAAUAAGACAACUUGUCAUGCACAACACCAAGACCCCUAGUUAAGAGAUAAAGGUCACAUUCUGAGGUCAAAGAUUAGUACGUUUUCCCCUGCCCAGUCCAUAACAUAUAGGUUAUAAAAAAAUUUACCAAACAUUAACCACGCAUUUAUGUAUCAGUGAAUACUUCCAUUCAAACAAAGCAGUAUGGGGAUAUGCACUUUUUCGAAUGUAGUUUCAUGUUAUUUGUUAGAAGUGGUAAAUAAAAAGGAAAACACACUUUAGGUGAGAUUCAGUGAGUUCUAGGCAGUGUUCUAGGCAGUGUUUAUUUGUGAAAAUGUUGCAUAAUAGAAGGAAUUCAGCUGUGAUUAAGCAGCAUUGAACCAAGGUAAACUCCAUGGUGGUGUCUUUCCUUGACUAUUUUUUGUUCCCCCACCCCAUUCUCCGUUUGUCUGUACGUACGUCCGAAUUUGUGUCGUUCAUAUCUUAAAAAGUAUUUGACCAAGAAUCAUCAAACUUCACAGGAUUGUUAUUCAGCAUGGGAAGUUGUGCACCAGGGGUUUCCAUUUGGAUCUCACACAGCCAGACCAGAGUUAAGGCCCUAGACUUAGUCAAAAAUAUGUGUAAAAAGGGCCUAGUUUGUGUCGCAUGUAUCUCAAAUAUUUUUGACUAAGUGUUAUGAAAUGUUACAGGAAUAUUAUUCAGCAUGUGAAUUUGUGCAUCUGGGGUUUGUCAGAGUUAUGGCCCUUGACUUAGUCAAAAUAUGCAUAAAAAGGCAUAAAAGUUUUGUCACACAUAUCUCAAAAAGUAUUUGACUUAGGGUCAUGAAACAUCAAAGGGAUACUAUUCAGCAUGUGAAGUUGUGCACCUGGGACUUUGUUCCGGAUUUCUGACAGUCCAACCAGAGUCAUGGCUUCUUGAUUUUCAAAUAUAUGCAUAAAUGGGGUACAAGUUUGUGUUGCAUGUAUCUCAAAAAGUAUUGGACUUAGAUUCAUAAAACAUAAGGGGAUUAUAAUAUAGGGUGUGAAGUUAUGCACUUUGUGUUCUGUUUGGGAAUUCACUCAACCAUACUGGAGUUAUGGUCCUUGACUUAGUGAAAAAUACAUGUACACAUUACUAGGGCUUAAAAUCUUGUGUCGCAUAAUUAUAUUGUAAAGAUAUUCAUCUAGAAUCAUGAAACCAUGUACAGUAACAGGAGUGGGGGGUACGUCCUAUGGACACACAUCUAGACUUCAUUAUCAUUGUCUAAGUCCAUUUAUAGAAUGCAGUAGGUUUUUGUUUUAACAUAGAUGGUGUUUGUAGUCAUAUCUUCUGUUCUGUUUAUUUUACUGAUAUUGUGACUAUAUCGGAAGACAUGUCCCAUUUAGUGACUUAAAUGAGGGUAAUACAAAAUUUUUAACAGGUUAUUGUUUCAUAUGUAGUAAACAAGUAUAUUAAAUAUACCUAUUUUUGGAUAUAUACUGCUUUUGAGGUAGUGAUGAAAGAAGAUGGUAAUCAUAAGCAUUGAUAUGUACUAGUUUGAAGAAAUCUUACAGGUUGCCAGGCUUUUUCAAGUUGAUAUAUACGUCAUAGGCUUAUUACAAAGUUGUUUGUAGAAGAGCUGGAGCAUCCAUUUCAGUUGGUGAUUGUUAGCGACAUGCAUGAUAUUUUCACUAAGCUCAACUUGCUGCAUCUUAAGAUAAUAAUUUCUUCAUUUUAUUCAAACAGAUCUGUUUAAUUUCAAAAAGUGAACACUGGAGGGCUAGAUCUUAAGCAAAUUAUGUACAUUGUACUGAAAUUAAAAGUGGCUAUACUUACACUGAAAAAAGAACAUUUAUGUAUUUGUAUAUUUGGUGGGUAUUCAUUAAAUUUCUUGCAUUAGCCACUCCCAUUAAUUUUCUUGCAGCAGCCACUCAUAGUUUUGUCACAAUGACUUCUUUCCUUGUUUGUUUGUUUUACAUUAUCUAGAUAUUUUUGUGUACAGGCUUAGUGCAUGAUGCAGUAUGAAUUUUCACUACUAGUUUUAUAAACAAAUGACUCUAAUUCAACAUGAGAUUAAUUGUUAAAACAGCUCUGCAUAUACAGUUUUUAUAUUUUCAUACUUUAGAUGGGUAUUCUACAUUUAAAGUUAAUAUCUGAUGAUGAUAAUGAUGAAAUAUUCUAUUGAAAGAUGCACAUGGUAUAUCUUUUAUAUCUAGCAUACCUUUGUAAUACACUUUAAUGAAUUAUUUCUCAUUGUAAUAACUGUGAUAUUAUUUUUAUUAUGUUUUUACUUCCUUAAAUUUUACAUAUUUUAUAUAAAAUUUAUUGGUGUAUAAUUUUUAUGCCCCUCUUCAAAGAAGAGAGUGUAUAUUGCUUUGCUCAUUGUCAGUCUGUUUGUCUGUAGACCAUUUGGUUUUCUAUCAUAAACUAGAGAACGCUUGGUCCCACAAAGAUCAGUCUUCAUAGGAAGUUGGGCUGUGGUCAGUAGAUAACUUCUAAUGUUACAGUGGUCAAUAUGUCAAAAGUCAACGUCACACUGACAGUUUCUGCUCAGUGAAGACUGCAUUGGCCUACAGUCAUCAGACUUCAUAGAAUGAUUGCCAGUGGUCAUUAGUUGACUCUGUUGUUUCAGGGGUUAAAGGUCAGGGUCAGACCUUGAGACUGAAAACGGUUACUGCUGCUCAAUAACUAAAGAAUGCUUUAGUCUAUAUUCAUCAAACUUCAUAGGAUUAUUGACUGUGGUCUAUAGAUAACCCCUAUUGUUUUGGGGAUCAGUAGGUGAAAGGUCAAGGUCACAUUGAGACUGAAACGAUUUCCUCUCAAUAGCUAAUGUGUGCUUUGGCCUACAGCUGUUUUAACUUCAUAAGGUGAUUGGCUGUGGUCAGUAGAUGACCCUAAUUUUUAAUAGGCAUAAGUUCACCAAAAGUCAAGGUCACAGACACCAGGAGACUGAAAAUGGUUUCCGCUCAAUGACUUUAGAACCCUAAAUUUGGCCUAAUGUCUUCAAACUUCAAAGGAUGAUUGCCUAGAGUCAGUAGAUGACCUCUUUUGUUUUUUUAGCUCACCUGUCACAAAGUGACAAGGUGAGCUUUUGUGAUCGCGCGGUGUCCGUCGUCCGUCCGUCCGUCCGUGCGUCCGUCCAUAAACUUUUGCUUGUGACCACUCUAGAGGUCACAUUUUUCAUGGGAUCUUUAUGAAAGUUGGUCAGAAUGUUCAUCUUGAUGAUAUCUAGGUCAAGUUCGAAACAGGGUCACGUGCCGUCAAAAACUAGGUCAGUAGGUCUAAAAAUAGAAAAACCUUGUGACCUCUCUAGAGGCCAUAAUUUUCAAUGGAUCUUCAUGAAAAUUUGUCAGAAUGUUCAUCUUGAUGAUAUCUAGGUCAAGUUCGAAACUGGGUCACGUGCGGUCAAAAACUAGGUCAGUAGGUCUAAAAAUAGAAAAACCUUGUGACCUCUCUAGAGGCCAUAUAUUUCACAAGAUCUUCAUGAAAGUUGGUCAGAACGUUCACCUUGAUGAUAUCUAGGUCAAGUUCGAAACUGGGUCACGUGCCAUCAAAAACUAGGUCAGUAGGUCAAAUAAUAGAAAAACCUUGUGACCUUUCUAAAGGCCAUAUUUUUCAUGGGAUCUGUAUGAAAGUUGGUCUGAAUGUUCAUCUUGAUGAUUUCUAGGUCAAGUUCGAAACUGGGUCACGUGCCAUCAAAAACUAGGUCAGUAGGUCUAAAAAUAGAAAAUCCUUGUGACCUUUCUAGAGGCCAUAUAUUUCACAAGAUCUUCAUGAAAAUUGGUCAGAACGUUCACCUUGAUGAUAUCUAGGUCAAGUUCGAAACUGGGUCACGUUCCAUCAAAAACUAGGUCAGUAGGUCAAAUAAUAGAAAAACCUUGUGACCUCUCUAAAGGCCAUAUUUUUCAUGGGAUCUGUGUGAAAGUUGGUCUGAAUGGUCAUCUUGAUGAUAUCUAGGUCAGGUUCGAAACUGGGUCACGUGCGGUCAAAAACUAGGUCAGUAGGUCUAAAAAUAGAAAAACCUUGUGACCUCUCUAGAGGCCAUAUAUUUCAUGAAAUCUUCAUGAAAAUUUGUCAGAAUGUUCACCUUGAUGAUAUCUAAGUCAAGUUCGAAAGUGGGUCACGUGCCAUCAAAAACUAGGUCAGUAGGUCAAAUAAUAGAGAAACCUUGUGACCUAACUAGAGGCCAUAUUUUCCAUGGGAUCUGUAUGAAAGUUGGUCUGAAUGUUCAUCUUGAUGAUAUCUAGGUCAAAUUUGAAAGUGGGUCACGUGCCGUCAAAAACUAGGUCAGUAGGUCAAAUAAUAGAAAAACCUUGUGACCUUUCUAAAGGCCAUAUUUUUCAAUGGAUCUUCAUGAAAGUUGGUCUGAAUGUUCAUCUUGAUGAUAUCUAGGUCAGAUUCGAAACAGGGUCAUGUGCGGUCAAAAACUAGGUCAGUAGGUCUAAAAAUAGAAAAAACCUUGUGACCUCUCUAGAGGCCAUACUUGUGAAUGGAUAUUCAUAAAAAUUGGUCAGAAUGUUCACCUUGAUGAUAUCUAAGUCAAGUUCGAAAGUGGGUCACGUGCCUUCAAAAAGUAGGUCAGUAGGUCAAAUAAUGAAAAAACGUUGUGACCUCUCUAAAGGCCAUAUUUUUCAUGGGAUCUGUAUGAAAGUUGGUCUGAAUGUUUAUCUUGAUGAUAUCUAGGUCAAGUUUGAAACUGGGUCAACUGCGAUCAAAAACUAGGUCAGUAGGUCUUGAAAUAGAAAAACCUUGUGACCUCUCUAGAGGCCAUACCCUUGAAUGGAUCUUCAUGAAAAUUGGUCAGAAUGUUCACCUUGAUGAUAUCUAGGUCAAGUUUGAAACCGGGUCACGUGCCUUAAAAAACUAGGUCAAUAGGUCAAAUAAUAGAAAAACCUUGUGACCUCUCUAGAGACCAUAUUUUUCAAUGGAUCUUCAUGAAAAUUGGUCAGAAUUUUUAUCUUUAUAAUAUCUAGGUCAAGUUCAAAACUGGGUCACAUGAGCUCAAAAACUAGGUCACUAUGUCAAAUAAUAGAAAAAAUGACGUCAUACUCAAAACUGGAUCAUGUGGGAAGAGGUGAGCGAUUCAAGACCAUCAUGGUCCUCUUGUUUUUUUUUUUUUUUUUUUUUUUGGGGGGGGGGGUCAGUAGAUCAAAGGUAAAAGUCACAUUGACAGUUCCAUCUCAAUGAUUGAAAACAGUUUGGCCUAGUGUUGCUAAACUUCAUAGGAUGGUUGAUGACCCCCUGUUUACAUCGUUGGCAUGGCGGGAGAAAUUCGUUUGAUAAAACUUUUUUUCAAUACACAUAAAAUGUAGCAAAUUUUGUCAAAAUGUAUAAUAAAAUACUGUAAAUGCAGUAAAAAGUCAAUUUUGGAAAAAAAAUCACUCCUUGGGUUUGUUUACAUGACUGACCAAUCAGAACGGGCAAACAUUACCUUAUUCCCAGGUAUACACUUACCUUAUUCCCAGUAAGUUCCCUGUACUUUUUCGAAUUGGUGGUCUCUGACCCAGUAGCUCAAAAGGGCAAGAUCACUGAACGUUGGACAGGCCAUCAUGGGGGCACGCAUGUUUUACAAACGGGUCUAGUUACAUAUACACAAUAAACUGUUUUGUUCAUCUAAA